AAAGAAAAAUCGAUGACAAUUUCAUGACAUUGACAUUUGACAUACAAAUACAAUAAUUAGGUACUUGGGUACCUAUCUCCUUGUGCAAAACAAUCUAAAUUAUUUGAAUGCGAGUGAGAGGUUGUUUAAUUGUCGGUGUAUUUAAAAAAAGUUUCGUAAACAAUGGCUACAAACUACGCUAAGUAUUCUCAAUUGAUUAAGGCGUCUACAAACUACGCCCGUCGUAUGCAGCGGCUGUCCAAUAGGAUCUUCGGCGAAGUUGCUAUCCCCACUAAUCCCAAGUCCAUGAAGGUGGUGAAAAUGUUUUCGGAAAGACCGCUCCACACUAACGAAGAAAUCAUCCAUUAUUACCCGCGGCACGUCGAGACUCACAGCCUCAUGCUGAAGCUGAGGGAGUACGGCUUGUACAGAGACGAGCACCAGGACUUCAAGGAUGAGAUGAAGAGGCUGCGCGAGCUCAGGGGCAAGGUGAAGGUGUGGAGGAGGAAGCUGGACAAGAAGGAUGAAUAAGAUGACUCUUAUUUGUCACUGUAUGUGUGAACAUAACAAUUAUUGUAGAUAUUAAUCUUGUAUAAGGAUGUAAUUUUAAUUUUAGUAAUACUAGAUGUCUGUAAAUAAAACACUCUAUUAUGAAACAA